AUGGCUCUGCAUUUGAGCAAUGCAUGCUUGUGUGCAUUCAGCCACAGGAAAGUGCAGAGAAUCAGAGCCGUUGCUUCCGAGGACUUUGCCAUCAAAACAGAAGAAGAUAAGGUAAAGUUGGGGGGUUCUGACUUGAAGGUGACAAAGCUUGGGAUUGGAGCUUGGUCAUGGGGUGACACCAGUUACUGGAACAACUUUGAAUGGGAUGAUAGGAAGAUGAAGGCAGCUAAGGCUGCUUUUGAUUCCAGUGUUGAUUGUGGUAUAACCUUCUUUGAUACUGCUGAGGUGUAUGGCUCAAGGUUCUCGUUAGGUGCAAUAAAUUCUGAAACACUACUGGGAAGAUUUAUUAAGGAAAGGAAAGAAAGGAAUCCAGAAGUCGAGAUUUCUGUUGCUACCAAAUUUGCAGCAUUACCAUGGAGGCUUGGUCGGCAGAGUGUCCUCACUGCACUUAAGGAUUCCCUUUGUCGUCUCGGGCUUUCUUCUGUGGACCUCUAUCAACUCCAUUGGCCGGGAGUAUGGGGAAAUGAAGGUCGGAAGAAGCUUAGUUUAUUGGAAAAUGAUUUUUCAGGAUAUAUUGAUGGACUUGGGGAUGCUGUGGAGCAGGGUCUUGUGAAAGCUGUUGGUGUAUCUAACUAUAAUGAAAAGCGACUUCGCAAGGCAUAUGAGCAACUUGGAAAGAGAGGUGUCCCAUUGGCUUCAAACCAAGUUAAUUACAGUCUCAUAUACAGGCUUCCAGAGGAGAAUGGUGUGAAGACUACCUGUGAUGAACUGGGGAUCAGUUUGAUCGCAUAUUCACCUAUUGCUCAAGGCGCUCUGACAGGAAAGUAUACACCAGAGAAGCCUCCCACUGGUCCUCGACGCCAGAUUUACACUCCUGAGUUUCUAACUCGACUACAACCUCUCAUAAACAGAAUAAAGGAGAUUGGACAGACCUACGGUAAAACUCCGACACAGGUAGUCCUCAACUGGCUAAUAGCCCAGGAGAAUGUUGUCCCCAUCCCAGGAGCAAAAAAUAAAGAACAGGCCACAGAAUUUGCAGGUGCACUGGGAUGGAGACUUUCUGAUGAAGAAAUCGUCGAGCUUCGUUCUUUGGCAUCAGAAACAAAACCUGUUACUGGGUUCCCAGUUGAAAAGUUAUAA